CGACAAGCAGCCAGCCAGCAGACUCGGAUCCUCCAGCCGGACUCUCUCAGACCCGAACCCUACAAUACCCCGCUUCUCUCUUCGCUCUCCCCGCCAGACAUCAUGCGUGAGAUCGUCCAUCUGCAGGCCGGCCAGUGCGGGAACCAGAUCGGAGCAAAGUUCUGGGAGGUGAUCAGUGACGAGCACGGCAUCGACCCAACAGGAUCCUACCACGGAGACAGCGACCUGCAGCUCGACAGAAUCAAUGUCUACUAUAACGAGGCUUCAGGAGGGAAGUACGUGCCCAGGGCCAUCCUAGUGGACCUGGAGCCCGGAACCAUGGACUCGGUCCGCUCCGGGCCCUUCGGACAGAUCUUCAGACCGGACAACUUCGUCUUUGGCCAGAGCGGAGCCGGGAACAACUGGGCGAAGGGCCACUACACCGAGGGGGCCGAGCUGGUGGACUCGGUGAUGGACGUGGUGAGGAAGGAGGCGGAGAGCUGCGACUGCCUGCAGGGCUUCCAGCUGACGCACUCGCUGGGCGGCGGCACGGGCUCCGGCAUGGGGACGCUGCUCAUCAGCAAGAUCCGCGAGGAGUACCCCGACCGCAUCAUGAACACCUUCAGCGUGGUGCCCUCCCCCAAGGUGUCGGACACGGUGGUGGAGCCGUACAACGCCACGCUGUCCGUCCACCAGCUGGUGGAGAACACAGACGAGACUUACUGCAUCGACAACGAGGCGCUGUAUGACAUCUGCUUCCGCACCCUCAAACUCACCACGCCUACUUACGGGGACCUGAACCACCUGGUGUCGGCCACCAUGAGCGGCGUGACGACCUGCCUGCGCUUCCCCGGCCAGCUCAACGCCGACCUGCGCAAGCUGGCGGUCAACAUGGUGCCCUUCCCCCGCCUGCACUUCUUCAUGCCGGGCUUCGCUCCGCUCACCAGCAGAGGCAGCCAGCAGUACCGCGCCCUCUCGGUCCCAGAACUCACGCAGCAGAUGUUCGACGCCAAGAACAUGAUGGCGGCGUGCGACCCGCGCCACGGCCGCUACCUGACCGUGGCCGCCGUGUUCCGCGGCCGCAUGUCCAUGAAGGAAGUGGACGAGCAGAUGCUGAACGUGCAGAACAAGAACAGCAGCUACUUCGUGGAGUGGAUCCCCAACAACGUGAAGACGGCCGUGUGCGACAUCCCGCCCCGCGGCCUCAAGAUGGCCGCCACCUUCAUCGGCAACAGCACCGCCAUCCAGGAGCUCUUCAAGCGCAUCUCCGAGCAGUUCACCGCCAUGUUCCGCCGCAAGGCCUUCCUCCACUGGUACACCGGGGAGGGCAUGGACGAGAUGGAGUUCACAGAGGCCGAGAGCAACAUGAACGACUUGGUGUCCGAGUACCAGCAGUACCAGGACGCCACCGCCGAGGAGGGAGAGUUCGAGGAGGAGGGAGAAGAGGAGGUGGCCUGAGGAGGAGAAGAGGAGGUGGCCUGAGGCUGAAACACUCAACGUUUCUCUGAUGUAACCGUCAAAACUCCAUCCAGCCACUGAUCUCACUCCUACUCUGCUCUCUGCUCUGUUACUCUGAACUCCCUAAACCCUGGAAUCUUCCUCUCCUCUUCCUCUCU